AUGCAUUCUGCACUUGGAUGGACAAUAAUUAUUGCUACCAAAAUGACCGUCAAGAUUGUCAAGAAGCGCACCAAGCCCUUCAAGCGCCACCAAUCCGACCGUUACGUCUCGGUCAAGGAGGCAUGGAGGAAGCCCAAGGGUAUUGAUAACAGGGUGCGCAGGCGGUUCAAGGGCCAGUUGCCUAUGCCCAAGAUUGGGUACGGCUCGAACAAGAAGACUCGCCACCUUCUUCCUAAUGGACUCAAGAAGUUCCUUGUUAACAACGUCCGCGAGCUCGAGCUCUUGUUGAUGCACAACAAGAGCUUCGCGGCAGAGAUUGCACAUGGUGUCAGCAGCAAGAACCGUGUUACCAUCCUUGAACGUGCAAAAGCUUUGAGCAUCAAGGUGACUAACCCCGCAGCAAAACUCCGCUCCGAGGAGUAA